CAUGGAGCGCUGAAGCGGCGGCGGCGGCAGCGGGAGCGGAACGGGGCCGUAACGGCCCCGGCAGCGGCCCCCGGCCCCCGGCCGCCCGGUCCCGAUGGGCUGCGGGGCCGCAGGCUAUGGAGCGGUGCUCGUCCCGCAGGGCUCCAGAGGAGGAGCGCAGGGUGCGAGCCAACAACAGGGACUACAACGAGAGGUUCCAGUACGCGAGCAACUGCAUCAAGACCUCCAAGUACAACAUCAUCACCUUCCUGCCUGUCAACCUCUUCGAGCAGUUCCAGGAGGUGGCCAACACUUACUUCCUCUUCCUCCUCAUCCUCCAGCUGAUCCCUCAGAUCUCCUCCCUCUCCUGGUUCACCACCAUUGUGCCUUUGGUGCUUGUCUUAACCAUCACUGCUGUCAAAGAUGCCACCGACGACUAUUUCCGCCAUAAAAGCGACAACCAAGUGAACAAUCGCCAGUCCCAGCUGCUGGUGGGAGGAGUGCUGCGGCAGGAGCCGUGGAUGAACGUCCGCGUGGGGGACAUCAUCAAGCUGGAGAACAACCAAUUCGUGGCGGCUGAUCUCCUCCUGCUGUGCAGCAGUGAGCCCCAUGGGCUGUGCUACAUCGAGACAGCUGAGCUGGAUGGAGAGACCAACAUGAAGGUGCGCCAGGCCAUCCCUGUCACCUCGGAGCUGGGGGACACCAGCAAGCUGGCACAGUUUGAUGGCGAGGUGAUCUGUGAGCCCCCCAACAACAAACUGGACAAGUUUGGGGGGACCUUGCACUGGAAGGACAACAAAUACCCUCUGAGCAACCAGAACCUGCUGCUGCGCGGCUGCGUCCUGCGCAACACCGAGUGCUGCUUCGGCCUCGUCCUCUUCGCAGGCCCUGACACCAAACUGAUGCAGAACAGUGGCCGCACCAAGUUCAAGCGCACCAGCAUCGACCGCCUGAUGAACACCCUGGUGCUGUGGAUCUUCGGGUUCCUGGUGUGCAUGGGGGUGAUCCUGGCCAUUGGCAAUGCCAUCUGGGAGCACGAGGUUGGCAUCUGCUUCCAGAUCUACCUGCCCUGGGACGAGGGUGUGCACAGUGCCUUCUUCUCUGGCUUCCUCUCCUUCUGGUCCUACAUCAUCAUCCUCAACACCGUGGUGCCCAUCUCGCUCUACGUCAGCGUGGAAGUGAUCCGUUUGGGGCACAGCUACUUCAUCAACUGGGACAAGAAGAUGUACUGUGCCCAGCGGCGAGUGCCCGCCGAGGCUCGCACCACCACCCUCAACGAGGAGCUGGGCCAGGUGGAGUACAUCUUCUCUGACAAGACUGGCACCCUCACCCAGAACAUCAUGGUCUUCAGCAAGUGCUCUGUCAAUGGGCACAGCUACGGUGACGUUCAGGACGUGCUGGGGCACAAGCUGGAGCUGGGUGAGAAACCACAACCUGUAGACUUCUCCUUCAACCCUCUGGCUGAUGCCAACUUCCAGUUCUGGGAUGCCAGGCUGCUGGAGGCAGUCAAGGUGGGCGACUGCCACGUGCACCAGUUCUUCCGCCUGCUCUCGCUGUGCCACACGGUCAUGGCCGAGGAGAAGAGCCCAGGGGAGCUCUACUACAAAGCCCAGUCCCCGGACGAGGGGGCACUGGUGACAGCUGCCAGGAACUUCGGCUUCGUCUUCCGUGCCCGCACCCCCCAGACCAUCACGGUGCAGGAGCUUGGCACCGCUGCCACCUACCAGCUCUUGGCCAUCCUGGACUUCAACAACGUCCGCAAGCGCAUGUCUGUCAUCGUGCGCAGCCCCGAGGGCAGGAUCCUGCUGUACUGCAAAGGAGCUGACACCAUCCUGCUGGAGAGGCUGUGCCCUGCCAACCAGGCCCUCACCAGCCUCACCACCGAGCACCUCAACGAGUACGCCGGGGAGGGGCUGCGGACCUUGGUGCUGGCAUACAGGGAGCUGGAGGAGAGCUACUACCAGGAGUGGGCACAGAGGCUGCUCCGUGCCCGUGCCACCCUCGAGGCCCGUGAGGAUCGCCUGGCACGGCUCUACGACGAGGUGGAGCAAGACCUGAUGCUGCUGGGUGCCACUGCCAUCGAGGACAAGCUGCAGCAGGGGGUGCCCGAGACCAUCGCGGUGCUGACCUUGGCAAACAUCAAGAUCUGGGUCCUGACAGGGGACAAACAGGAGACGGCAGUGAACAUUGGCUACUCCUGCAAGAUGCUGACCGAGGACCUGGCUGAGGUGUUCGUGGUCGCCGGGCACACGGUGCUGGAGGUGCGCCAGGAGCUCAGGAAAGCCAGGGAGAAGAUGCUGGAGGCCUCCCGCUCCGUGGGCAAUGGUUUCUCCUACCAGGAGAAGCUUUCUUCCUCCUCCUCCUCCUCCUCCUCCUCCUCCUCUUCCUCCUCCAAGCUCACCUCUGUGCUGGAAGCCAUCACGGGCGAGUAUGCCCUGGUGAUCAACGGGCACAGCCUGGCCCAUGCCCUGGAGGCUGACAUGGAGGUGGAGUUCCUGGAGACUGCCUGCGCCUGCAGGGCUGUGAUCUGCUGCAGAGUCACUCCCCUGCAGAAGGCUCAGGUGGUGGAGCUGGUGAAGAAGCACAAGAGAGCUGUCACCUUGGCCAUCGGGGACGGUGCCAACGACGUCAGCAUGAUCAAAACUGCCCACAUCGGAGUGGGCAUCAGCGGGCAGGAGGGCAUCCAGGCGGUGCUGGCAUCGGACUACUCCUUCUCGCAGUUCAGGUUCCUGCAGCGCCUCCUGCUGGUGCAUGGGCGCUGGUCCUACCUCCGCAUGUGCAAGUUCCUCUGCUACUUCUUCUACAAGAACUUUGCCUUCACCAUGGUCCACUUCUGGUUUGGCUUCUUCUGUGGCUUCUCAGCUCAGACUGUCUAUGAUCAAUACUUCAUCACCCUCUACAACAUCGUCUACACCUCGCUGCCAGUGCUUGCCAUGGGCAUCUUCGACCAGGACGUGCCAGAGCAGAGGAGCAUGGAGUACCCCAAGCUGUACGAGCCUGGGCAGCUGAAUCUGCUCUUCAACAAGAGGGAGUUCUUCAUCUGCAUCGCUCAGGGCAUCUACACCUCCGUCCUCAUGUUCUUCAUCCCCUACGGCGUCUUCGCCGAUGCCACCCGCGACGACGGUGCCCAGCUGGCAGACUACCAAUCCUUCGCCGUCACCGUGGCCACCUCCCUGGUGAUCGUGGUCAGCGUGCAGAUCGGGCUGGACACAGGCUUCUGGACUGCCAUCAACCACUUCUUCAUCUGGGGCAGCCUGGCAGCCUACUUUGCCAUCCUCUUUGCCAUGCACAGCGAUGGCCUCUUCCAGCUCUUCCCCAACCAGUUCCGCUUCGUGGGCAGUGCCCAGAGCACGCUGGCACAGCCCACGGUCUGGCUGACCAUCGCCCUCACCGCCGUGGUCUGCAUCGUGCCCGUCGUAGCCUUCCGCUUCCUCAAGCUGGACCUGAAGCCACAGCUCUCAGACACGGUGCGCUACACUCAGCUGGUGAGGAAGAAGCAGAAGGCUCAGCACCGCUGCAUGCGGCGCGGGGGGCGCGGGGGGUCGCGGCGCUCCGGCUAUGCCUUCUCCCACCAGGAGGGCUUCGGGGAGCUGAUCAUGUCCGGCAAGAACAUGAGGCUCAGCUCCUUGGCACUCGCCAGUUUCACCACCCGGCCUGGCACGGCUUGGAUCGAGACCCUGCGGAAGAAGAAGGGCAGCAGCGAGGGCAGCCCCAGCGGCGCCGUCGCGGACAGAGCCCUCAAGCUCUGAAGCCGGAGCUGAGAUGAAGGGGGAGGGGAGGGGGGGGAGGCAAAUAAUGACCUUCCCUCCCCUCGGGCAGCCCCUUGGACCCCCUCCUCACUGUGCCCUUCUCUCACUGUGGGCAUCGAAAGGGAGGGAGAGGAGGGGAGGAGGAAGGUCCAAGCCCCUCGAGGGCAGGCGGUGAAGGUUCGGAGGAGUCGGAACUGUUGCAGCGUAACCAAAAACUGCUCCACCCGCGGGUGGGCAGACAAAAAAGGGGGUGGGGGUGGGGGUGGGAGGGACAGAGGGACAGACCCCACCCCCGGCAACCCCUCUGCAUCCCCCUCCCACGCUCUCCUCCUUCCCCUCCCCCCCCCUUCCCCUCUGCCAAUCUCCUUACACACAGCGAAUGUAUCACACCGAGGGCAGGCUUGAGGUGGGGAGGAGGAGGAGGAGGAGGAGGGAAGAGGGGGUCAGGUCUGGAGGGUGUGGGGGGGUACCCUCCCCUCCCCCCCCCUCUCACCCACGGUGUCUUCUUUUUUAUAUAUAUAUAUAUAUAUAUAUUAAAAAAACCACAACUUAGAGGAAAAAAAAACCAACAAAAAACCCAAACAAAAAAUAAAAUU